AGUCGAGCGUUAGUACGCGCAGCUUCCGCUUCGUUCGUACGGCGGUGCUCGGCAAACUUCGAGUCGGUGUAUAGGAUGAGUUGGUGGGGGGUAACCUGAAUCGCGUAUAGAGGAAUAGACAAGGACAGAGAGAGAGAAAGCAAGAUAGAAAUCAGACCAGGACGGUGCAGAGAGCGGAGACCAGCGUGUCUCCUCUCGUGCAUGCGUUUCGCUGUUGCCAGGGUAUGUGUGCGGCCGCAACACACGGAUAGUCAGAAGGACGUAUGCGUGGCGCGGUGAGAAACGUGUUACGAACAGUGACAGACAAGAUGGCGGUGUGCCUUGUGCGGUGGUAGUAACGGUGGUGCUUAGAGCACGUUAAAAAAAAAAAAAAAACAUAGUGGUACAAAGGAGAUUGGUAAAGGGUUGGCAGCUGGAUAGCGUAGUAUGGAGCCAGCUCUUACAUCGACCACGAGACGUCGCGGUCAUCAGCAUCAUCCGCGACACGCUACGCGCCGACGUCUCGACGCUUCCAGCAGAGGACCCGCGCAGUGUGGCCCUGCUGAUAUCGUUAAAGAGACGACGAUCGCUAACAACGAGCAACCAACUACUGCAACGUCACCGAGGCUCGAGGAAAAGAGCAAUGUCAUUGAUACGGACUGUUCCCAGGCGGUGACAAUACCCACGAUCGUCGGCGCGAGGUGGCUACGCGAUCCGACGGCAACGAUACCCGCUAAAGACGCAACCACCAACGAAGACGCGAACAAUUUAAAGAAUAAUCUCGAGAACGAUGACAGAGACGAGGACGUCCGACAGAGGCUCGCGCAGUGUAGCCUGGACGUAAUCGACGAACGACGCGAACAGUCCGUACGUGAAAGAAACGAAAAGGAGAGCUUUGACAGCUACGAGAUCAAACCGUCGGACAAGCCUCGAUCGAGAGCACGUGGGAAGAAAAUAUGCGGAGACGAAUCUAUCGUUAUUAGAAGCAAAGAAACAUCACCGGAGCCUGAGCACGCGGUCGCGAGGGCUCGAGGUGACGGCAACUCCGACGACGAGUCGACGAACGUCGAGGAGGAUCCGGAACUUGCCGAACUUGCUAAGUUGAGAUGUCCAAGCGAACGGGCCGAGGUACAGGCCGAAAGAGAAAGACGAAAACGAAGAUGCGCCGAUUAUCCCGGAUUGGCCUUUGGAUGUUCCAUAUUCUCCAGCGACACGAUGAUGAAAUUCAGUCUGAUAAGGAACGAAUUGCAGAAUAUCAUGGGGAACCAGUUGAAACGGGCCGAGUCCGAAGUAGCCGCUCUGAAUCGUCGUAUCCAAUUGUUGGAGGAGGAUCUCGAGAGAUCCGAGGAACGCCUGGCUACCGCCACUGCUAAAUUAGCAGAGGCGUCGCAGGCUGCAGAUGAGAGCGAACGAGCCCGCAAGAUUCUCGAGAAUCGCAGCUUGGCCGAUGAAGAGCGCAUGGACGCCCUCGAAAAUCAGCUGAAGGAGGCCAGGUUCCUCGCUGAAGAAGCUGACAAGAAAUACGAUGAGGUCGCCCGUAAAUUGGCCAUGGUUGAGGCCGAUCUAGAACGUGCUGAAGAACGUGCCGAGGCCGGAGAGUCGAAGAUCGUCGAACUUGAAGAGGAACUGCGCGUGGUUGGCAACAACUUGAAGUCCCUCGAGGUCUCUGAGGAGAAGGCGACGCAAAGAGAGGAGACUUUCGUGGGACAGGUGAAGAUUCUGGAUAGUCAAUUGAAAGAGGCCGAAGCUCGCGCUGAGUUCGCGGAGAGAUCCGUGCAGAAAUUGCAGAAGGAGGUCGACAGGCUCGAAGACGACCUUGCCGCUGAGAGAGAGAAAAACAAAUUGCUCCAGGAGGAGAUGGAGGCCACCCUGCAUGACAUCCAGAACAUGUAGAUCGCGUCUCGUGGGCGGACAGAUACACGAAACGCGAUAUAACAAAAGCAUAUACACCACGAAAUUCGAAUGAAAAUACGUUUCGGAGUAGAACAACAACAGCAGCGACAAAAAGACAACGUAGAAAAGAAUAAAAGGGAGGAAAAAUGAUAGGCACGCAAACGUGUCGAGGAGAUAUAGAUGAUAAGAGCUGGGGAGGGAUGAUAAUAGAAAUAAAAAAAAAAACAGAAAAAGCUGAAAACGCUGUUCAACUCGAGCGCUUUUCUUGUGUGUUGUUGUGGUGCACACCAUUAACAUUUAACGGACAACAACCGGAAAAAAAAAAUGAAUACAACAAUCGCGCGGUCUCUUUUUAGGCUAGACAACUCAUAUCUCCCAUUGUAAACGCUCCAUCAAACCAAGCGCCCAAUUUUCAGCGCUUCUUUAUCGCCUGUGUGCGUGUAUACGUGUGUUUCUUGCAUGCAUGUGUUCUAAAACGCGUUAAAUUGAAGAGAGAGAGAUAUAUAUAUAAAAGCGUAGAUCGACGGAGAAGAUAAUGACGAAGAGGGUGGUAGAAAGGUAGGAUUGGUGUGCGGUUUUAUCAAAGGAACGACAAGUCUUGUAUUUUCUUUUCUCUUUUUUUUUGUUUCUCUUUAUAUUUUGAAGUUUUCUGUUUGACGUCUGGAAAUAAUUGUGUUCUUUUUUUCCUUUAUUCUUUUUUACUUUUUGUAAUGCCGUUUGGUAUUGUGGACACUUUUAACAAUUUCAUAGCCUUCGAUGGUAAUACCAUGUUCGAUUAUAUUGUUAACCCUUUCACGAAUCGAAAGUUGGAUAAUCAAAUAACAUUUAUAGGAUUGAUAGGAAUUAUUUAUUAAAACUUCAAUGAUUUUUAUCGCGUUCUUUUAAUCUUUCGAAUUCGUCGGCUGUGAAGGUGUUAAUUGGAUCGAUGAUUAACGAAAGUGACUUUUCAAUUACUAAUCCAGCGAAUAAAGGACGUAGGAAACAGGCUUUAAAAUAAUAACAUCGUGUGUUCGCCAGACAAAUAAUAUUUUCUACCCUCUUCCACGCUCGUUUGCUGAUUCGUGAUAAUCUCAAACGCUCACUGCCAGACGGAGAACCCUUUCAAGGAAGAAAGCUCCUGAAAUCCAAAAUUCCAACUAAUCCUCGACGAUUUAAAAGAAAGAGUGUAGUUAAUUAAAACACAUGCUUCCAUAAUUAAAGGGUUAAUUCAGGAGAAUAUUCCUAAGAGGUGAACCUGCACCAAAAUAAACGCAGCAAUUGAAUGCGAACGAGCGAAACACGUGUUUUGCGUUCAUUCAACGUUUACCAAUCGUGCCUCCACAUAUUCGUCGCUUAAAUUAAAAAAAAAAAAAAAAUAAAAAAGAAGGGAGGAAAGAAAGGGACAAAGGACUUUCAUUUCGCGAUGUACCUUCGUCUUGCAUUAUAAUCCGUCCAACGAGACGAGUCAGGAUAUGUUUACAAAUUCAUAAGUUCCACGCAGGGUCGGAGCUCAGUUGUUUCCAGUUCUUCAAACGUUUCGGUCGUGGUUUGUGUACUCUGAUCCGAGCCUGCUUCGAGUGAAUUUAUACGCAUUUAAUGCCUCGUCUCGUUGGAUGAAUUAUAGUUUGAUAUCGCGCGAAACAUCUCUCCUCUUUAUUGCUGUAAAACGCGGCCCGAAUCGAGACGAGGCGUGCAAACUGCCUGAUAAUAGACGCGUUUCGUCCCUGUAGCGAUUAUCCUUGCAACAUUGUCCUCUUUUGGGUAUUUUUCCAAGUAAAGGAUCUUGCUGGUCUUUCACAACAUUCCAAGCAUGCUUUUGUGCAAUAUUUAUUUAACAUCGAGAAACGAUGAGUUUUCUUGAGCACUUCGCAAAAUUUCAUGAAAUUUUUCUGGUUCGAUAAAGGCGAGAUUAUUGAAAGACACCCGAAGAGAGACAUACGUAUCCUCCUCCGAAUGGAAAUUAAUUAUUACGAUUAAUCGAGUGAUAGAGACAGAGAGAAAGGUAUAUAAAGUGUGUAAGUAUGCGAGAGAGAGAGAUAUAGAUAGUGUGAUUACAAGAAAUUAAGAAAGCACAAUAAUUAGGAGUCCACGUGUCCUACGCCGUUAAUAACGAUUUAUGAAAAUUUUUUGUUAUUCCCGUUUUUCCCGACGAAUGCCGCGAGAGGAAAACGAAAAACUAUUGAAAAAUAGGAAACACUCAAAUCACUUGGGUUUACACUUGAGAGUUUUUUAGUUUAUUAAUUUACUUAAUAUUAAUACAAAAAACGAAUGGAACGAUAAAAUAACACUAAUAUCAUUGUAAUGAUAAUGAUUAUUAUUAUAUAUAUAUUGCUAUUAUUAUAAAACUGUUUAUAAUAUAUAUUUUAAUUUUGAAAAAAAAAAACUACUGCGUGUUUGUUUUUGUUGUUGCGUGUUUUGUUUUUUCGUCUAAUAAUUAAUCCUGGAUUUGUUAACUCCGUUGUGUCUACGCGAUAACACACGCUGCCAAGAUGUGUUAGAGAGCUCUGUGUGUUGUGUGUAUGCGUGAGUGUGCGUAUAGCUGUUGCAUGCCCCACAAGAUGUACCGGAAGACCAUCAGUGGGGUACGUAUCAAAGAAAAAUGGUGAGUACACUUUGCUUGUAUAUUUUUUCUAUGCUAUUUUUACGAGAAUUCCUUCAGAGUCCUUUUGCUUUGCAUGACCCCUUUCCCCUUUUAGUUUACAUAGGAUCAGACCAUGUAUCUUUAUUAUUUUUGAAGAUACCAAGAAAUUGUAUUUGAAUUUGUAUUUUCAGAAUAUUUUUCUAUUUUAUGCUCCCUCAAUUCUUUCGAAUCACUGAUUAGAAAAAUUUCAGGAUUUAGUAAUUAGUCUAGAAAUGAAUAAAUCUAGUCUAGGAACUAAAUCUGUACGAUGAAAGGUAUUUAAAAACCAUUUUAUUUUUCGUUCAAAAAAAUAUUCAUUUCAUCAUAACUCGAACAAUAUCAUAACGCACAGACACAUCAAUUUAAUUCAUCAGAACUAAACAAAGGCUUCCACUCAUCAGCCCCCCAAAACUAUCAAUCUGCUUCAAACUCCGCUUCCUGUCCACACGCUUCAAAGAUCCUUGACAGCUUAUACUGAUACAGAUUAACCAUAUUCAAUGCUUAAAUCUUGCUAAAUCUACUCGAACAGGAGUAAGACAGUCUAUCGAAGAGAGUACGAACGUUCUUCGAAUAACAUUGAGAAUGCUUGCAGAUGAAAUGGUGGCUGAGAAGGAGAAAUACAAGGAGAUCGGAGAUGGCUUGGAUCAGGCAUUCAUGGAACUCUAUGGAGUCUAACGAGCCACUAACCAACCCCUCUAACGCUUCUUCGACCAAAAAAAUAUAUAUAUCAUACAGAUACCUUUCUCACAAUCUCGCUUGCUCUUAACACGCGUAAUCCGUAAGUUACUUGCGAGCUUCCUUAACCCACUUACUUGGCUGCUAAACUUCUAACAGCUCUUCUACUUGCGAAAAAUCAUUUUUCUAUUUCUUUUACAUCAUUUUUGCAUUUUUCACUUUCACUCCUUACACGGAAUUUUUGGAGAGGAAAAUUUAGAAUUCUAAGGGUGGUUUUUUCGCAGUAAAAAUAUCAGUUCGUGGUUAGACAUUAAAAGAGUUAUAUAUUUCUUUUAUUUUUGAUUUCACGUAAGGAGUUAAAGAACGAACAUUUUCAUCGACGAAUCAUAUUCAUUUUUUAAUACAAAACGGUGAAGGGAUUCUACGAAAUCUCAUUUGUUAAGGAUAACAGUGGUACAAUCGGUAUAUUAAUUUUGAAUUAUUCUAAUAUACACCGUUUUCAUUUCAGACGAGCUUGUACACGAGAAGGAAAAG